AUGGUGGCAAUUAAAACGGAUGAUUUUGAUAAUUAUUAUGAAAUUUUGGAUGAUUUAGGCAGUGGACAAUUUGCUUUUGUUAAACGUGUAAAAGAACUAAAUUCGGGUCUUAGUUAUGCAGCAAAAUUUGUUCGAAAAAAACGUUGUAUUGCCGGCAAACGUGGUCUUAAUCGAGAAGAAAUAUUACGUGAAGCUGAAAUAUUAUCACAAUUGAAUCAUCGAAAUAUCAUUACAUUACAUGAUAUUUUUGAAAAUAAACAUGAAAUUAUUCUUGUUCUUGAAUUGUAUGCAUUAUCAUGGAUAGUUGGUGCUGGUGAAUUAUUUCAUUAUAUAGCUGAAAAAGAUGCAUUAACAGAAGAAGAAGCUGUCUCAUUUAUAUUACAAAUAUUAGAAGGUGUUCAUCAUAUGCAUGAAAAAAAUAUUGUUCAUCUUGAUUUGAAACCUGAAAAUGUUAUGCUAUUAGAAAAGAAUAAAACACAAAUAAAAAUAAUUGAUUUUGGUAUAUCAAGACAGUUGAAACCCCACGAACCGACGAAAGAAACAUUUGGAACACCAGAAUUUGUUGCACCAGAAGUGAUUGCAUUUGAACCAGUGACAUUAGCUACAGAUAUGUGGAGUAUUGGAGUAAUAACCUACAUUCUAUUAAGUGGUGCAUCACCAUUUUUGGGUAAUACUAAUCAAGAAACUUUUACCAACAUUACUCAAGUUGAUUAUCGUUUUGAUGAAGAAUUCUUUUCGAAUACUAGUGAUUUGGCGAAAGAUUUUAUUCAACGUUUAUUUAUUAAACAUCCAAGAGAACGAGCGACAGUUGAAGACUGUUUGAAUCAUCCAUGGAUCAAACCUCGUCGUAAACAAGACGAAGAAGAACGUCGCCAUGCUCAAAUAAAUAUGCCAAGUUUUAAAUCAUUUAUUGCUCGUCGACGAUGGAAGGUACAAAUGCAUUGUGAAUCUCGUAUCUUGCGCACAGUAACAACUAAGUAUACGGAUAGAGAUGGAAAUGUUAAAUCUAAUAAACGUAGUGAAAGAAAAGGUAAAACAGCUAUUUAUGAAGGACAUUAUUCUGAAACAGAUUCAGAAGAUGAAACAGUGUCAGAAGAAAUAGUUUCAAAUAAUCAAAAUGGUGAUGAGCAACAACAAUCGGAUCCAAGUGGUCGAGUACGAUGUUGUCCACAAAAUAUUGAAUUACGACAAGUAAAAUCCAGUGAAUAUGUCGAAUCAUUUCAAGAAGAUGAAGAAGGCGACGAUGAUUAUCAAAGUAAAGCUGGACGUGCAGCAGCAGUAACAUCACUCAUCAAUCCCUUACCAAAUGAACAAGUAGUUAGUGAUCAACAUUCACUCGCACAAUCAAAUGAUUGUAAAAUAAUUGAAACGGUCGAUGAGCAAACGGGAGAAAAUGUUCGUCACACUAUUCAAAAUAAAGUACAAACAGAUGAAAAUUUAAAAAUGUCGAAAUCAGACAAUGUACAGUAUGAAGAAACAGAGGAAGGCCUCUUGAAAAAAGUUACUACAAAGACGAGAAACAGGUGUGUCAAGGCGAUCAGUCUUUGUAACAAAAUAUUACGUCAAUCACAAAUGAGAUUAUCAUCCGCCAUUAGUUUAGAUGCAGUAAAUUCAACAUUUUCUCCUAGUCGAACACGUGUAGAAAACGAUGAUGAUUUUGUUCUAGCAGCUUUAUUGUGUGCAGCAGAAGACGGUGAUCUUGUAAAUAUGAAAAAAUUAUGUAAUAUAGCAACAAUCGAUGUUAAUAAAGAAAAUAAACAUGGCGAAACAGCUUUGCAUUUCGCUUGUGGAAGUGGUCAUUUUGAUAUUGUUAAAUUAUUAUGUGAUAGAAAAGCAAAUCUCUUUGUUGUGGAUGGAUAUGGAAAUAACACUAUUUAUUGGGCAGCACGGCAAGGUCACGUUCAAAUAAUAAUCUUUCUUCAUGAGAAAGGUGUACAAAUUGAUUUACCAAACAGAAUUAAUGAAACAAGUCUUCAUGUUUCGUCGAGAUAUGGUCAUGCACAUGUCACUGACUAUUUGUGUAAAGUGGGUGCCAAUGUUGACGCACAAGACGAUGAACAUGAGACGUCGCUCAUGUGUGCGACAUGGCACGGCUAUCCCAGAAUCGUUCGAAUACUUUGUAAUGCUGGAUGUGAUAUUAAUCUACGGAAUACGGAAGGCGAAACCGGUUUAAUUUUGGCUGCUGCGCGGGGUAAUGAAGAUAUUGUUCGUAUUCUUAUUGAUAAUAAAGCCAAUCUUGAUAUGAAAGACAAACACAGUUUGACAGCAAUACAUUGGGCAUGUAAAAGACAACACGUAGAAAUUGCAAUUAUGUUAAUUAAUGCCGAUUGUAAUUUGAAUACUAUUGAUAUGUUUAAUGAAACACCGUUACAUUAUUCAAGUCGAGAAGGCUUAUUAUCUGUUGUACAAAUAUUGUGUGCUUUUGGUUGUCAUAUCGAUAUUAGGAAUAAAGCUGAUUCAACAGCUUUACAUUUGGCCGCACGACAAGGACAUACAGAAGUUGUCAGAUGUUUAUGUUUGGCAGGAUUAAACUUAACUAUUCAGAAUAAAGAUGGGCGCACCGCUGCACAAGUAGCAGAAAUUAGUGGUAAACCUGAUAUUGUCAAUUUACUGAAAUCAUUGAGUAUGCAAGAUAAUCGUGAAAUGUUUAUUGAACAACUUGUACCAACGAAAGAGCCAUUAAGAAGAAUUAAAUUAAAAGUAUUCGGAAAUAGUAACGUUGGUAAAACGACGCUUAUUGAAUCAUUACAGUGUUCCUAUUUAAACAGUUUUUUUCGACGGAGUCGACUAGGUAGUACCAAAAAACAGUCUCCAUUAUCAAACAGACAUUCUAUAGCAUUUGACGAAUUAUCUCGCUCAUUCGAUCAAACAACAAAAAUAUCAAAUGAAAAUUCUUCAAAAGGAAUUGGCGUUUAUCAAGUAACGUUUACUGGCGGAGGCCAGUGGUCUGUAUGGGAUUUUUCUGGCAUUGAUGCAUAUCGCACAAUAUAUGAUCAUUUUAUUGGUGAUUACAACUGUUUACAUAUGAUUGUAUUUAAUGUUACCGAUGAUGAAAAUAAAUGUGUACAAACUCUUGGCUAUUGGCUAGAGUUUUUAAGAGUCAGAAUUGGUGUACAAGAACCACUUGGUUUAAAUGGUCAAAGUUCACAAAUAGCUAAAAUAAUUCUCGUUGGUACACAUGCUGAUCAACUAAUAAAUUGUACAAAAAAUGAAGAUGGUGAUUAUAUUUGUGAAAAAAUAACACAUGUAUUUAAUCGUAUAAAAGAAAUAUAUGAAUAUGAUUUUGAUUUUCAUGAUAAAUUAUUUUUAUUGGAUGCUCGAUCAGCUUGGACACAAAAUAUUAAAAAUGUAAUACAAUGUUUCAAUUCUUACAAGGAAAAAAUAUGUCAUAAUUUAAAAUCGACAACAAUAUUUUUAAAUCGUUGUACAUACCAUUUACAGCAAUGGCGUAAAACUUAUGCCUCAUUUCCUGUUAUGUCAUGGACAAGAUUUGUUGAAAAUAUUCGAACAGAAUUAAAUCCAUUAGCCAGUGAUGAACACAUGCAAGAACUUGUUCAUCAACUACAACUUAUGGGAGAAAUAUUGUACCUUGAAGGUGAUCCUCAAGAUUUAAUAUGUUUCGAUCCUCAUUGGUUAUGUCAUACAACUCUUGGUAAAUUAUUUUCAGCAAAUGAUAUAAAACAUACUGUUCUAAAUAAUGUUAGUAAAGUAAAAUUAAAACAGCAACGAUGUUUAAAUGGUACCUAUUCUGUCGAUGAUAUUCAAAUGAUCUUUCCAGAAACUGAUGCUCUUGAUUUAUUACAAAUAUUUUGUGCAUUUGAUUUAUGUGUUCAGUAUGAUGUUUACGGUGAUAUUGAAUAUGAAUUUCCUCAAUUAAACUCGGCUGAUAUCAUACCAGGUCUAUGGGAAAAACGAUCCGGUGUUAACUAUACUUAUAUUGGAUGUGAAAUAAGAUGUCGAACAAACAACGAAUUAUUGUGGGCAAUAUUUCCUCGAAUACAAGUACAAUUGAGACGUUUAAUUAUGUCACAUGAAUUUCAACAACAGUAUAAAAAUGAAGAUAUUGAAUUAUACCAAUGGAGAUAUGGUUCAAAAUUGAUAUGUGGUAUUAUUGAAUUAUUACUUACUGUAAAUUAUCCAACUCAUUUAGAAUUGAAAUCUCGCGGUCAAUAUAAUGAUCGUGAAAAUAUAUUCUAUUUAUUUCAUGAAAUUUUGAUGUUAGUUGAACAUACAUACUUGGAUACUUGUCCAUCUCUUCAGUUAGAAUAUCAUUAUAUCUCAAUAAAACAUUUACAGUUAAAUUUGACACCACUCCUGAAUCUAUUCUAUCUAAAUAGUGAACUUGUAAACAAACGGCAACAUCAAAUGAGUUUAUCGUCGAUAUUUAUGACUGAUCAAAAUUUGCCAUCACCUACGGCUUCAACAUAUUCUCUACCAUUCGUAUUUAAUAACAAUGAUACAAUUUCCACUACAUUUACACAAUCUACCUCAUCAACCUUCUAUUAUACAUUUUCACCAAAAUCAAUAAUUCAAAUGCAAAUAAACAAAUCACAGGAAAAUAAUUUAAUACAGACAGUAACCGAUGCAAAUAACAAUGAUAAAAAGACUAUGGUGAAUAGUCAUUAUCGAAAUGAAUCUUUAAACGGUCAUUCAUCACCAUCUUUACUAAUUAAAGAUAUUACCGGAGAAUAUCAAGAAGAUUUUAUUGAUUUAGUUUGUUGUGGUUCUCAUGAUCUUUAUUCUAAUUUACAAAUGGGUAUUGAUUUAUCUAUAUCAACAUUAUCUCUUACUACUCGUCAAUUACUAUGUCGUCUAUUUGAUAAACAAGAUUCAAUGGGUCGUGAUUGGUGUCUAUUAGCCAUUGCUUUAUCUAUGCAACAUUUGAUACCAUUAUUGGACACGGAAGAUUUAUAUCAUUCAAAAACUGAACAAUUACUCAAUGAACUAUGUCGAAAACGGACAACAGAUGCUAAUAUUAAAUACUUAUUAGAAAAAUUUCUCGAUAUCGAUAGAAGAGAUGCUUAUGAUCUUCUAGCUAAUACAUGUACACUAUUUAAAUUACCACAAAUUCCAUCUAUGACAGAUCAAAUAACGGAUGCACAUGAUAGUCACGAUAGUGGAAUACAAAAUUCAACAAAUACAAUAGCGAGUAUUAACAGAUAA